AUUGUGUGUCAUUAUACUGUCUGUUAGACGUCCCUGUGAUAAUUAAUCACUCACAUUGAGACGAGUCACCGGCUAUAUAGGCGCGAGGCACCACAAAUGUAGACCUAGCAGAAUCAAAAAUUGAGACGAGUCACCGGCUAUAUAGGCGCGAGGCACCACAAAUGUAGUCCUAGCAGAAUAAAAAAUAAUACGUUGUUUAUCAUUUCAACCAAAUAUCGGCUUUGAAGUUGGAUCAGUGUCCGAUUUUGAAAUGUUUAGGUUGCUGUGGCUGCAUGCAAUACACCCUCUCUUUUAAAUAUGGAAGACCACGAGGACGGUUUUUUUUUUUCGUGCCAGAGGGAUUGUGAUCCCCAACACGGGCCACCAUUUUACGUCUCAUCCGACGGACCAUAAACAUAAUUGUGUUUUUAAAAUACUACAAUGUUACUCCGCAAAAACGUAAAGGUAUCAAAACAUGUUAAAUCCUAUUCGAAAUGUCGCUUUUGUGCUAACAUUGUAAAACUGUAUGGAUCUGUAGUUCUUCAAAAAGUUUUUUUCAUUAAUUUAAUAGCUUUCGGUUCAGUGAAGCUCUUCAGUACACAGGUAAUGAUUUCAUGUACAUUAAAUAUUUAAAGUUAACACAUCCAAAUUCGCUUUACCGAGGAUUUAUAUUCUAUAUGAUUGGAUUAAUUGCUCAGCAACAAUAUUGUAAUGACCCGCUACCAAUCCCAACCAGGCUUUUCAAAGCUACCAAGUAGGUAUCACAAGUCAAGUAUUCGACCUUUCAUAGAUUUUGUUGUUGUAAUUCUGAUGAAAAACGUAAACAAGAUUCAUAUUAUAUUCUCUCUCAUUAAGAUACGUCAUUAGUAAAGAAAUAUUAAUCUUAAUCACUUCUGUGGGUUUUUUUUACAGGAGCCAAAUUAGACCUAUACCACAUAUGUACAAUUAAUAAAUAAUAUGUAAGAGUGUGUUUAGGGUUGCUUUUAGUUUAAAAUCACUUCCCGUUCUGUCAGUAUAAUUAUAACUUGAUGCUUAAUAUUCUAAACCAACUUUAUCACUUAAACUCGCUCGUGAAAUAAAAAGGGGAAAAAGGUGAUGGUUCCAAAGUCAUAAUUCGUAUUCUACAAGAAGCAAUUUAUAAAUGUAUUGAAAUAGUUGACGUUACCCUAAUUCUUUUCUGUAUAUAUUUUAGUUAUUUCACAUACCUGCAUCCCUAUUACUGUUACCUGUUACUAAUAUUAUACAUUUAUUGCAUGAUAGUGAGGAAGAUAUGAAGAUUUAUUCGCCCAAGAAAAAUCAUAUGCCCGAGGGGAAUAUGAUUUUUCUUGGGUGAAGAAAUCUUCUUUUCUCCCGAAGUCAUGCAAUAAAUUGUUUAUUAUACCGAAACAAAGCAAGAUUACAAAAAUGCAUUUGAAAUUGGAGUCCGCUCAUCUAUACAUUAUAUUCAGCUGAGAUUGUCCUAACGGUGACACCGCGCCGUCAACGUAUUAGACGGUACAAACAACGAAAUACAGUGAUAUGAUAACCAGUUUUUGUAUUUCCAUUCUCCUUGAAUGCUGAUUUACAUGCUUUUUUUUUGUAUCAACCAAACCUGGCGAUUUUUAUUGAUAAAGUGUGUAUCAGAGACCCACAUAUUAUGUGCCUUUCGAAAUUAUGAAAGUACAAUGACUCGAACUUAUUGUGACGUCACUAUCAACUUCGUCUACCUUGAUGUUAAAUUUACGGAAAGUGUACGAGGCUGCCCAAGGAGUAAAUAUGAUGGGGAGAUAUGAAGUUUUGUCAUCCCUAGCACGUGACUGUCUAGACCAAUCAGAUUAUGCGUUGCAUAGAAUUCUCAUACUGAGGUACAGUGUAUAAUAAUACUAAUUAUUCCCUUCUAUUAAAAUCCAAAUAAAUAAAAAAUAUUUAAAAUAUUUAAUUUUGAUUUACUUACUAUUUUUUAAAUUUAUUAUUUUUCACUUUUUAUCUAGUUUUAAUAUAAGUUGCUUCUUUAUUUCAUUAUGAUUUACGACAUCCAUACCUCCCAUACGGAACAUAUGUACGUUACUACAACACACUUCAACUUCACUAUGUUGGUGCAUUUGAGAGGUGAUGUAGGGUGAGACUGGAUCGCAAUGAGAUGGAUAGUAUAAUGGCUGAUAAUACAGUCACCAUUCGGUUAACAAUAUAUAGUUAACCAAUCCUACCAAUAUCAAACAAAAUGUAUUGAAAUAGUUGACGGGAUGUUAAGAGUAUAAAUAUAGUAUUGUAUUCGGAGCAGCAGUCACACCUCAUUGGAUAAUGCUAAUGGACGUCCAACAGAUAACGAAUUUAUCUAUCCAUUCGUCUCCGUUCCUUCAAGUUGCGUUUCUUGUCCGUUUCUCUUCGGGCAACGCGUUCCUUGUCCAGCGAAAAGUUUUGAGUAUGAACAAAACUUGAAACGGACAUGCAUGCAGCGGGUCAACUGAAGAUGUUAUUAACACCAACCGCAUGUUUACGGAUAAAAAACGCAUAAAACUGAUGAAUAACGGUUGUCAAACGGCUAUCCACGGGACCAGUACAUGUCUGUUCGCCUAACGUUGAAAGAGCGUUAUAUCAAUACCUUAUCGUUAUUCAGAUGAUCUUGAUCAUCAAGACGCAUCGACUCGUUCGAGAAGUCUGAUAAAGACAAGCGUCUGGGUGAUCGAUAUUAUUAUUCAGACGCUAUUGCUUGCAAUCGGGAAUCUCCAGAUUUGAACCAGGGACCUAUAUACUUUUAGUAUAGAGGUCCCUGAUUUGAACAGACAGAGAGUUUCUACCUGUGAAUCUUUCCCAGCAUUGUCAAUGAUAGAGGGAGCAGAUGGGCCCAUGACGGGUCUUGUAGCUUUUCCCCGUGCCCAGCCCUUCCAAACAUUUGUAGACUUUCCUUUUGAAGGUAUCAAGGAUACCGAAGGUCAGCAAGGGUGAUGACUAAAAUGAUUUAACCACCCGUUUUGUCAGUCACGUGACCGGUACAAAUCCGUUCGUCUAUGUGUAACGUUGAAAGUUUUUCAUGCGUCCUACGUUCGUUGAACCAGGUACUUGUCCGUCAUUCAGACGUUAAUCGACCGUUAACUUGCCGGUACAUGUCAAGUAAUUGUGCCGUUAUCAUGCUAGCUGUAGAACUGUAGCUCUUUGAAAACAAUAUAUGUUCCGUCACAAUAUUUUUUCAGAGAGCUACAGUUCUGCAGCUAUUAUCAUGCGUUUUAUACUUUUCAUACACCGAUCAUAGGAGCCCCGAACCGCGGCGGGAACGACUUUCAUUAACAGAUACCAACGGACAGCAUUAUGUCACUGUUAUAUUUAUCCGUGCGACGUCCGUUUAUUCUAUCCGGUAAAGAUUGACUGCUCCUUUACUUCCACAAGGUUAAAACAAAACUGUUUAAAGUAAUAAACCAUUUCAAUAAACACGGCGUAUACUUUUGAAGAUUAUUGUUACACAUUCGUUGACCCAGUUUUGGGAUUUUAAAAGUUCUUAAAACUUCGAAGACAAAAAGUCGCAAAAGGUCGUUAAAAACUUUUAAGCAUAAUCCACUUAAAAAGAAAAAUAUUCAACCAGGAAAUUAUACCAGCAAAAUAUAUUGGACGGAUUGCUCCUUUAUUCAUUAAAACUGCGUUAUACUUCGACUGUUUGUCUUGCUUUUUUAACCAAGAAGAAAAGAUAAGAUUAUGUUUUUUGUUUGCGCUCAGUGUGAAAUGAAUAGGUAAUACAUUUAAAUAACGUGUCUUGUUUUGUCACUUGGAUAACUCACAAUCUCUUUGGAAGCAGACACUCUCAGCGACAUAUUGCAUUAGCCACGGGACCUUAUAACUGCCAAACAGUGGGAAUGGAGAGUCGUAUUGCCAUCGUUCAAACUCCCACACAGGAAUUUCACAAAAGAAAUGGUUUUGCGGAUAAGAAGUGUGAUCUAGGCGAUAAACCGCCCAGUCUUCAGUACUGCCGGAAGUACACAUCUUCACUUCCGUCGGACUGUAAGCCGUGGAAAAUAGCUGACAUGACUUUACUUUCCGCGGGGUAUUUUGCUAUCCUAGAUUCUGCUAAUUUAAGACUUAAGAUUUUUACUCCAGAUUUCGUUCACAUUACCACUAAAAUAGUUCCAGACGACUCACACAGUGUGGCAAGUUUACACGGUAACAAGAUUUACGUGAUGGACAAAACGUCCGUGCAGUAUUACCUGUUCAACGACGGAAGAGUAAGUUUGGAGGACAAAUUCCAACUGACUGGGAUGCAUUACGAUAUCAGCAGUGCUGGAGCUGUGUUAUGUCUGACAAAAUUAACGACCCUGGUCUUGAAAAAUGACGAGUUUGAAACUCUAGAAACUAUAAAUUUCAAAGCAAGAAUGGGUUAUUCGCCUGGUGCUGUUAUGUAUGAUAAAGACGGAAAUUUACUAUUUUACAACUGUGAUUCAAACUCUAUCGACUGUUGGAAUAAAUUUCAGGAGGAAAAAUGGCACGUAGAUGAAGUGCAUUCUUGUAUUAGUAUUCACAGUUAUCAACUUGGCUGGAUAGUUGUUGGAUUCAAGGAAGUGAUUUUUGGCGAUAUGCGAGGAAAGAUAUGUGUACGGCAAAUUAAGGAACCGGAAAUUGAAGAUUAUAGAUGUUCAGUUAUAGACUGUGAACGAAAAAAGCUAUUUGUGGCUGAUAAGAGUAUUAUAUAUGAAUAUGAACUGGGCGUAGAAAAUUUACUGAACUGCAAUAAUCAUGUUGAAUAAUGUUUUUGCAUUU